UACUCCUUUUGCAAGAUAGAGUGAUGCCACACUUGGUACCAAUCGAUUGGGCUAAUACCCAAUCCCUAGCUAAUACCACCUUACCGAUGUUUCCGAUCGACCCCUUUUCGGGCACACAAAGCAGCUAAUGCCUUAAAAGUUAAUCAAGUAUUUGGAAAGACAUUUGUUUGUUCCUGAAACAAACAAUGAUUGCUGGCUCUCAAAUAUGUUGAUGCAACAAUUGGUUUUUCUUAUAAGCUGUUUGUGCACUGUAGUAGUCGCGAAUGCGAAAAAUGAGUUGAAUGUUCAUGUGUUUAUUAACCGGUACAAUGCCUUCGGAAGAGCAAAUAUAAUCACGACCCUGGACUCCAUGCCAGAGACGUGGUUCACGACUAGGGUCACCAUGAAAGUGAGGAUUUUGGUUGACUACUUCCAGACAAACGUGACCGAGCACCAGGGGACUUUGUUCUGGUAUCGCACAGCAAACCUGUCGGAGACACUCGACUUCUAUGAUGUGAAGAUAGAAAAGGAUCUGCCCUACGUGAAGGGUCAUUUUCAUGUGUCGAGAGCCAACUUCUUUUCAAGCGGGCACUUCCUUAUCACGGCGAUCAUUACAACCGAGGGCCUGUACGACAAUGCGGUGACAGCAACGACAUAUACGAUUGUCAAGCUAAUGCAGGGCAAUGCCUGCGAGCCCAAAUUCGACAUUCCAAGCUGCUUCGACUCAAAUCGGCCCCAAUAUUACGAGACAUCCAAGGAAAUUGUCCUGCGAGCCAACUUCUCCCGGUUCUGCCCAAUGGAUACCUUCAUCCAAUAUCACUGGACCCUCCACGACAGUACCGAUGCGAAACUACUGCAGUUCCUGGGGGCCACCCUGAGGCCGGAGAUAAAACUGUCGCGGCAUCGUCUCAGCGUGCGCCAACAGUCGCCUCUGAGCCGCAUAGUUCUCGUGCGGCUGAACGCCAAAAUUGUGGGACGCCGCAUACCACUUGUGGCUCGGUGCUAUCUUUCCUUGGCGUCGCAACGACUCUUUCCUGUUAUUCGAGGCGGAAAUUACAGGAGGGUUUUCCGCGGUAAGACCAUCUCAAUCAGCGGCAGCCUCAGCAAGGAUCUUUCGCUUGCCCGGGAAGGACCCCAACACCUCGAAUACAAGUGGUCGUGUACCGCCAAAAUGAAGCAGCAUAAGAACGUCUGUAAGAAAGACAUGGGCACAAGAGAUCGCAUUAUUAUUCCACCGUACAGCCAACCGAAUAACCAGACACUCCACGUAGUACUGCUGAUACGUUCCGCCUUCGAUCCCAUCCGCACCGCCAGGUCGAAGCAGAAACUGGACUUUGCCCUCUCCCCUCAUCUGAUAAACCUGGAGGUUGCCUGCGUUCGGAACUGCGAGGAGAACAAGUACUAUCCGGGAAAACCCAUCCACCUGAUGGGCAAAUGCGAGGGCGUUGGCAACAAGAACAUUACCAAAUGGGAGUGGCUAGUGGAUAAUCUGCCAGUAGAGGGACAUGCAAACCGACUUAUUUAUACGGAAAGGGACAUGAACAAACAGAACGUUAGCAUACAUCUCAAUGUGGAAGCAGCCCAUCUAUACAACCCGAGCUACAACUAUUAUGGAGAGGACUGGAUAUUUUUGGAGAAAAACAUUGGCCCCACCGACACCAAGUGCACGAUAGUCCCGAGAGAUGGCUAUGCAUUCGAGACACUGUUCUUGGUCCAGUGCCAGAGAAGUCGAGCUCGCUUCAUGCCCCUUCGGUAUUGUGUUGAAGUCAGCCGCGUUCUCAUUAUCGACUGGCAGUCGACUCGGGAGAUGGUCGUUCGACUCCUUCCAACGAAUAAGGUUUACGUAAAGAUAUGCGAUAAGUUUGAUGUUUGUGAAAAUGUUGAGCUUAAAGUCCGGGUCCAGGCAAUACCCAUUCCAGAAAAGGAGCCCGAGAUCAUAACUGACCAUCUGGCUCGAGUGCGUCACUGGCUGGAGUACGCAGACUGGCAGAAGGCCUAUCCUCUGUUGAGUCUAAUAUCCAAAGCGAUCAAAACCAAGGAAAUGCUGGUUAUUUUCACGGAUACACUCGCCGCACAUGUGCCGCAGUCAACCGUAGAACUCACGCAGCUGGUGCGACUCACAAAGAACGUGGUGGUCACCAUUCAGCCACUCGAUGACAUGAAGGCUCUUAUAUUGGCCAGAAUGUUCCACAGAAUCACCUCAACGUACAAGCUGAUAGUCGAGAGCAACGAUCUCACUCUGCUGGACGAAUACUACGAGCAGAUGACGAGCGAUAUGUGCGACAUGCUGGACAUCAUAAACGCCGAGUGGGAGUACAUUCCCAAGGCGCACUGCCUCACGGAGUCGGAGUCGUGCAUAAACAUCAAUAACUUUGGAAAAAGACUGGAGCAACUGUCGUCCCUGCGACCGCUCCUGGAACAUGUGGACAACUGGAUGUACGCGUAUUGGAAGCUGAGCAACUGCCUCAUUUAUAUGGGGAUGGAAACGGCCCGUCGUCUCCACCCCCACGAGGGCCCGAGACUAAUUAAAAAGGAUAGUUUCACCAUCCACAUGGAGAGCUUUGAUCUGGACUACCAGCGCAGUCUCCGAUUCGAGUCUGCCGACUCGAUGCACACGCUCUCGUUUUCGCGGACUCUUCUUCGGGAACUGCGUCGGCGACUGCGACACAACGAAGUUCUGAUUUCUGUGCGCAGUCAUAAGAUCAGCCAGUACUGGUGGUACCCGAAGAAGCGAUCGCGAACCCAGGAGCUGGUCGUAAAUGCGUUUACGACCACUUCAAUGUUCCUACCGUCCGCACCGCUGUUGGAACCGCUCAAGUUCUUCGCGAGGCUAGAGAAUACCCCGAAGAUCGACAGCGCCGAACGGGACAGGCGAAGUGAACUCUUUGGCGGACCCGAGGAGGAGGCCUAUGCCGUUAUUCACGAUAAUGUUUACACCCCGUUCGAGGUUCGAAUGUACCGCACCGAAAUCUAUGCCAAGUCAGUGCUGAAGGUGACAUUUAUCCGAGCACAGAUAGACUACGACGUGCUGAUCCGUAUGACGAACGUACCCAAGUUGGAGGACAUGGACGUGAACGGCGCCACGUGUCGAGUGAAGUACGGCAUUGAGCAGAGAACCAAUUUUCUACUGAGAAAUCGCUGCGGUGAAGCGCGCUCGGCGUUUAUUUUUCUCCGUGCAUCCAAUCCAUCUGAGCCGUGGGAUACCUUUGAUCAGAACGGAGCCUACUUCUCGUUCGCCACCGAGAUCCAUAUCUGCCGAGCCUGGAACUCCUCGGGCACCGAGCAUAGCUGGCAGAAAAUAUCCUGCAUGCCCGAUAUGAUCAAAAGCACCAACUCGGGUGUGCACUGCAGCUGCAAUGUCAUUGGCGACUUUGAUGUGGAUGCCAUGCCCGUAAUCACCGUGCCCGUGAACAUCAAAUGCCACCUGGAUCGGCCAGUGGCGAGACGGCACUACGAUAUGCUUAUCGUGUACGUGCUCAUGACCGUGCUGACUGUAAUAUACAUAAUUCAUCACAUGAAGACAAUACGUCAUUGGGACAGGCAGCUGUGUGUUGUAGACUACUAUACGAGAGAGCUGUACUACCGUGGCGACAUCGUCCUCCGGCUCACCUUCGGUGGACGACUCAAUGCCGGCUCGUCGGGCAAUAUCAUAGUUUCAUUGAAGUCAUCCCAGGGGACUGUGCAAAUGAUCGUCUACCAAGACCCAAUCUGCAAAUCAUUCCUUCGAAACAGCACAGUAUCGUUCCGUAUUCAGCGUGAGCUCGUCCAGGUGCCCGCUGAGAUCGCGAUCGGCCAUGACGACUCUGGGAUAUACCCGCACUUCUUUUGUCGGACCGUUGUCCUUACCGAUAUGCACACCGGACAGACACAGACCUUCCUCAUUCAUAAAUGGCUGAGGGGUGCCCCGAACACCUCCAGAUACAUAUCAGCUCCGGUAUUUUACUUCGCGAAAACCACCGAAAAAGAGGUAUACCCUUGGCGCGGACGUUUCGCCCAUAUACUGGAAAUUUGCAUGGGAGGCUGGUAUCUGUUUCAACCAAUCAUCGGUCCCUGGCGCAUCGGAACGCACUGUUCUUCGUUCUGUCGCUGGGAGCGCAGUUGCAUUUUUAUAGUCAAGAUAUUUGUCACGAUUUGCAUUGUUGUUCAGUACUUUGGGCCAUCCUAUGUGGCCCUGUCCUGCGACCCGAGUCCGAAGAAAUACCACGACUUGUCUUCAGUAUUCUGGGUAGCCUUGAUAUGUUUUAUAACCACUGCUUUCUUACAAGCAGCUAUGGAAAAGACUAUCCUAUUAAUUGGAUACUAUGAUCAUAUUUAGCAGAAAGUAUGUGUGUGUUUUUACCCUUAUAAAAAUUUAUUGCAAUAUAUUUUGAAAAUAAG